AUGUCUCGAUAUGACGAAGUUGGAUUCAAUCUGUCAAUGUGGUUUCACAUCAACAUUUCUCUAUUUUCGUGUGCAGUUCUGGUCAUCCUCUGUGGGAGAAAGAAAAUAACGCGUGCCAAAACUCGCGAACGAGAUGUUCCCAGUGGCUUCGGUACAACUACAAUGGGCGGCGGUGGAGCGACGACUACGGCCAUGGCCACUUGUGCAAUCGACAAUCCAUCGAGACAUGCGAAACCAGUAGACAAUUCGAAAAUUAAGGGAUUGUCGAGAAAAACGGAGGAGGAUAAGAAAGAAGAAGACGGCGAGAAAAAGAAAAGAGAUAAAUCUAUUAAAAAAUCGGAAAAAGAGAAAGAGAAGGGAAAGAGCGUUCAGAAAAAGGUAGAGUCGAAAAAAGAAUCAAAAAAAGAGUCGAAGAAAGAAUCAAAGAAAGAAUCGAAGAAGGAGUCCGAAAAAGACAAAAAAGAUAAAAUGGACGAGUCGAAAAAAACAGAGUUGUCCAGGGACUUGGUUGAGGAAAAGAAAGAAGAAAAGAAUGAAAAACAGAAUAAUGCAAAACUGGAUGGUUUGACACCAAAGCAGUUCCAAAUGACCGACAAGGAGAAAGCGAUUGCAGCUGGGUUGAAGGUCGAGAAGGUCAACAAAGAUUAUCAAACUUUCAAUGACUGCAAAAGCGAUUGGGGAGAUGACGAGGUUCCGGAGAAAAAGAAAACGGAGGAUGGUGACGAAAAAAAGAUGAAGACGGCGGACGAGGAAGAGAAGAAAAAAGACCUUAAAGGAUGA